AUGGAGAAUAUCCUUAAUGGGGCAUGUGAUUAUCUUGUGAAGCCUGUUCGGAUGGAGGCUAUUAAGUUCAUAUGGCAGCAUGUGGUACGCAAGCGAAGAAAUAGUUUGAAAGCUUCGCUGCAGCAGUUGCAAUCAAAGAAUGGGGAAUUAGAUGGUCACAAACAAUCCAAUGACGAAGACAAUACGUCCUCUGGGGACAAAGAAAAUUGUGGUAGCUCAAAUAUUAGAAAGUAUGAGGAAGAGGAAGGGAAGGACAGGGAUGAUGCUGUCUCACUCAAGAAGCCGCGAAUGGUUUGGACAACUGAACUCCAUCAACAAUUUAUGGCUGCUGUAAAUCAAAUUGGCCUCAAAAAUGCUGUUCCAAAGAAAAUUUUGGAGCUUAUGAAUGUUUCCAGUCUUACCAGAGAAAAUGUUGCCAGCCACCUUCAGAAAUAUCGCAUAUAUCUCCAAAGGCAGAAUAGCAAUUUGCAACACUCCCAUCCCCACGAACUGAAUCUCAAACUUACUUCUUCACUGGAUAGUCAUGCCACUUCAAAUAAACUCCACCGGCACAGUUUGACUGUUCAACAAGCAGGAGUUGAAAGCUCAAAUGCAAUGUUUAGUAGUGGCAUGCCUCUGGUUGAUCAAAGAAACAUUUGUAACUAUGGAAUCCCAGAAUCAAGAUUCGGAAUAGAGCAGCAACGGAAAAAUUCCAAUUUGCAAGUGAAUUUCCCACACGAAGCUUCAACUUUGAUUGAUUCAGAGCAGCUAAAGCCUUCAAAUCAAUUUGGAAAUACGGAUAUGAGAAUGAAAGAUGGAGCUCCAUACUCUCUAAAUUUGCCGACUCUCAGAAUUAGUCCCCUAGGGGAUACUACUCCUUUAACGGUGCAAAUGAUUGGCGAUGGGACAAUUGACUAUGCUCUACCCAUUUCUUCUAUGACAAAUGAUUUUCCAAAGGGCCAUGUUAUUAAAUUGCCUGAGCAUGAUUUCUGUGUAGACACUACUGCAAAUGUAUCUUUUGUGGGCAACAAGAACUUAGAAUACACUUCAUUUUCAAGCUACGAGCCUACGCUUUUCAUUGAACGUUUUGACCAACAUGAUCUUACUGUUAGACCAUUUGAUGAGCCAUGGGUUGGAUAUGUUGAAGCCAAAUCUAACUUCAAUGGCUAUCUCACGGACAAUAAUUCUGCCUAG